ACUGCUUGAUGCUUUCAUAUUCUCGAUCGUCUUUGUGAUCAGCUGAUAAGCUCAUAAGGUUUUCUUCCGUCGAAGGGCCUUCACUUUACGAAAUAGAUUGAGAGUAUCACACCUGGCAUGAGCGGACCACAGUGUGUUCCUUAUGGCUGGUAAACGAAGAAGAUCACAUAAGUCUUCUAAGGUUUUAGAUUCUGAGUCUGCAAACAAACGGUUUAUUGGUAACACUACAUCGCACAACAGUUCUUGCUCCGAAAAUUCAGGUAUUUCAACCUGCUAUCUUCAUAGUCAGAACCAUCCAGUCUUACGUGCUUCUGAGCUAUCUGAAGACAGCAGUACAGCUCCAUCCAAAGUGACUGAGACACAAGACUCAGUUUCCUACACAUCACCCAUUUCCGAAAUAAACCGAGCCAAGUAUAAUUUUGUACAAAAUAGACACACUACAAGUAGAUUGAGAAGAUUAUCGGAAGCCUCUUCGCCCACUUGUACUCUCCAAGAAAGUUCGAUCUCUGAACAGACAAAGAAUUCAGCAAAUAGUACGACUCAGUUGAGUUGUCAGUCAAGCACCCAGAUCGGACGCAGAACUACUAAAAGGAGUUUGCAUUAUUCUGAAGAUAUACCAUCUUUUUCCCAAGAUAAAUUAAGAGCUGCUAAACGCCAGCGUCUUUCUAGUUCAAAAGCUCGGCAAUUAGGAACCUACCAUAGUAGUUCCUCAUAUUCAAAGUCAUCUGAUCGGAAACGGCACUCAAUCGCUUCCCCAGGAACUGCUCAUAUAUCUCAAAAUUUACCGCAUACCGCCACGGGUCUAUUUAUGAGCAAAAGAUCACGUCGCGAUCGUCAGCGGUCUGUGACUUCUAUGACGGUGACAAGUUCAUCUACCAUAAAAAACACGAACACUGGAGACAAUGUGUUCAGUACAAGCACCUCAAAUUAUCCCAUACAUUCAAGUCUUUCAGCUGCCCAUUGCACCGGAGAAAAGACUUUGCAUUCUCAAAUACCCUAUGUUCAGUUGCCUGCUGAUUCCUGUCCUCCACACUGCUCUCAAGGCGUUAUGAUUUCUAACGAUGUGAUUGUCUCGGAACAUGUUGGAACUAUGGGAUUUCCCAGUACUGAUCUACAUCAAUCUGUCAAUCCUGAGUCAAAUGCUCCUUUUUAUGUUGUUCAGAAAAGUGCUUGUGCGCCCAACGAAACUCAAGAUCCUAAUCCUCGAUCACUUAAUCAACAUUAUUAUAUAGUUCCUGAUCUUUCUCGCCCAACAGAAAGUAAUAAAACUUCAUCUUCUGAGUUCAAAAGUUCCUGUAUUUAUUCCAAUACUAUCCAGCUACGUAGCUCAAAGGAUGUAACAGUUACGAAACAAGAAAGUAAUAGGAAUUUUAGUCAUAUUCCAAUUGACCUGACAACUAAUACACUGCAUAACCAAAUACCUAUGCCAGUGGAUUCGUCCUCCCAACCGAUUCAGUUAGGAUUGCCAGUUUGGUCAUCUGUAGACCAGCUAGAGUCUCAGACAGCUUUCACAACAUCAUCCAGCAGUGUAAUGAUGGCGUCAUCAUUGCAAAACUCAUCAAACUACCGCAAAAGAACUUUGGAACCAUUUACUCCAGCUCAAAGUUUUUACCCUCCAACAAAUGAUUCUUCUACAACUUAUCGUAUCCAAACUGAUCCCAAAUAUUCCACUGAUUCAAACAUAAUCCCCAUGUUACCGAACUCUUGUUCCCCAUUUUUAGUUUCGCCUGGUACAUCAGCAGCAGCAAACCAUCCAAAUGCUAUACAGCAACUUUUAAAUCCAAUCAGUGUCGCUCGUUUAAUUGCACUAAACCAAACAAUGCAUUCGAAUACACACUACCAAAAAUCUUCCCAGUCAGAACAUCUACAGUCUGCACUGUCUACUACCUGUUUAACAUCAUCCUUCCAUCCUACAGUAUCCGGUUCCUCAGGAAAGUACUCUCGAUAUUCACCUCACACUACUCAUUCUGGAUCCGCUUCAACUUCAAAGUCUGUUGUUUAUACGCGCAACCAUUCUAACACAUCAGAAUGGUCUAAUCCAAAAACGAGUGCUACUCAUAGUGGAUAUCGCAGCCCACAUAGUGAUGGUAUCAAUCAUCGAAUAGCACAGCUACAACAAGCUUCAACUGAUAGAUCUAUGCAGUUGAUCAUUUUGCAAGAUAUAAAUCAGAUUCUGUUAAUGGAUUUUGAAGAGAAUUUAGCAAAUCUAGAUGUCAAUAGUUUGGUUAAUUGUGUUCUGCAAAUUUUAGAAUCACAAGAAGAACAUUUAGUUGAAUUGAAAAAUUUAAGUUGUAAUGUUUUAACGCAUAUGAUGGAUGUUUUACCACGUAGUUCAGAUUUUAUUGUUCCAGCUUUGCCUAUUCUACUCACAACUAUGUCUUCCAGUUUUGUUGGUGAUAUAUUAGAGAGAAUAAUUAAUUUAUUAGAGCAAAUAUCACGUCGUCACGGAAAAGAAGUACUAAAAUCUGGUGGUGUUUCUACUGUACUCGGAUUUUACGACUUUGUUACCUCAGCACAACAUCGAACUAUUUUGACAAUGGUGUAUAACUGUUUCAUAAAUCUACAACCAGCCGAUUACGAUUUAAUCUCCAACUGUUUACCGACAUUGGCUGAACAUUUAAAAGAGUCAGAACCUCGUUGUGUUGAACGCGUUUGUAGUUGUUUUGUACGCUUGAUUAGUGCUUAUCGAUUUGAGCCAAAUUUACUUAAAUGUAUUGUUAAUAGUUGUAACUUAUUAACUAACCUUCAAUCAUUGCUCACGUUAACUCCAUCGAUUUUGUCCAGUAUCAAUGAUGUAAUUCAAAUAUUAGCAACAUUAUGCUCAAGUUGUCCUGAUUUAGCUGUUGAUUUAAUUAAACAAAAUAUUUCGAAUACUAUAUAUUCUCUUCUAUUGGGAGUUAACCCGGAAAUCGAAACUGACUGGGCCACUCUAACAUCAUGUUUUAAUGGCUUAACACUAGCUAGUUUGGUUCCAAAUCAAUCAACCACGAAACGACUUCGUGCUCGUUCUCAUUCUGGUGAAUCAUUUAAACCCUCAUCUUCAUCAACACUGUCAGGUUCUACACAUUCAUCCAAUAAACAAUUUGAUGUUGGUACCAUUUGUUCACCACCUGGCUUAUCGCAACAAUGCAACAAUUUACCAUUUGGUUGGCAGUCUUUAAUGAUUACUAACUCUGCUUUUCUGAAUUCUUCCCUAUCGAAUUCAACAAGUUUAUCUCUCAAUCAAAGAAGUCCAGAUGAUGUACAUUCAAUAGUUUAUUUGAUUAGCGAACUUCUCCCACCAAUUUCUAACCAAUUCAAAUUCUCGACAAUAUAUUCGAAUGCAUCACAAAAAUCCAAUGAUUCAACAGUUUCCAAUGUGCAUUUUGGGUCAGGAGUCAAUUUGAACUCAAUGUUUUCUACUAGUGAUUCUGGUUUAUGUACUCCAGAACAAUUGACUACAGGAACAGUUUUUUUCGCUGACACAAAUAAUCUUCAGGUUCAAUCCUCAAAAAUCAAAAGCUCCGGAAGUUCAUCUUCUGUCUCUUCUAAUUCAUCCAGUACUUUGUUACAAGGUUCAUUCGAUUCCAUCAAUCUAUCACAGUCUAGUAAUUCCCAAACACAUUUAACAGAUCCACGCUCGCUUCUGUUAUAUGAUGAAUGUAAAGAGCUUCAUAAUCGCUUACUUGCUUUAAUUUCCAAUAAAGAAGAAUCUAAAACAACACAUAGUGCUCAUACUAGACGACGUUCCAUUCAACAAAAACAUGGAGAAGAUAUUAGUAUUGGUAAACAAACUGUUCCUGAAAAGCACGUUUCUGGAACACAGCGUUCACAUGGAAGUAUUGAAAGCCGUUUAGAUUUGACAACCACUGAAGCUUUACAAAUGGUGCAAAUAUUACUCCCACUCUUAUUUGAAAUAUUCACUGAAACUACCAAGACACAAACACGUUUGUUGUGUUUAGAAGCGAUACAGCGAAUGAUAUUUUAUUCAAGUCCAUUAUUACUGGCCAAAGUAAUUCAUCCAAGAUUAGUUUGCAGUAAUAUUGCGGGUAUGCUCAAUAGUCCUGAGAAACGUGUUAUCCUGAUGGCUUUGCAAAUUUCUGUCAUGUUACUUGGUCGAAUCCCGUUUGUAUUUGCUACACAUUUUCGAAAAGAAGGUAUUAUUCAUCGAGUUGAACAAUUAAUUUUACGUCUAACCAAUGGUAGUGCUUCAGGUAUCACUUUACAAAAUGAUUUAUUCUCAAGCAAAUAUGUGCCAAAAUUAUCUUGUGUUGGUUCCAAUACCGUAACAUGCAUAUCAAGCAACAACUGUGCAAGUAAUCAACAUAUAAAUCACCAACCAUUUCAACCUAAUGAUGACAUCAAAUCGAAACGUGAAUCAACCGUUACUCAUGGACAUCAUGAAGAGACUCACAUGGAAAGCCGCAGUACACAAAAUUGUUCUGUUGUACUCGAUAUGCCUUUGUCAUACAAUUCGUUAGUUCAAAAAAGUUUGAAUCACAGUAACAAUCAGCAGACAAAGCAUCAAAUAGAAUUGCCUAAUACAAUGUCGAAGUCGCCUACACUUUUGUUAACUGAACGAGAUCCUUUACUUCAGUCCAUCUGUUCAAUUUGUGAACAAUUACAAGCACGUACACAGAUUUUGUUAAAAUCAUUCGAUUCACUCAAUAAUACUCCUACGAUUGAAUGUACUAAUCCCAGUAAUUAUCAUCAUGGAGAUAAUAAAACUAGUCCAUCGUCUCAUCAUGACGUCACAAUUCAUAAUCUUAUUGAUUUAAUGCCUAUACUGAAAUGUGUUGCUCAUCAAUUAAAUUCUGAUUCACCAAAUCUAUGGAUACGUGGUUUAAAUCAAUUAAUUGAUUUAUUAAAACCGAAUGAAAAAACAUUUGAGAGAAUGAUAGAACCACCAUCACCGUUUGAACUGCAAGAAAGUGGUGUAACAAAUGCUUUGUUAAAUUUUCUUACAUUAUCAAGUAAUCGGGAAAUUCGUUUAUGGAUAAUGUUUAGAAUGUUCCUUGGCCGGCGAGCUACCACACCUAUUCGAUUCAGUCCAACAUUAAAUUUAGAAAAUAUAAAUGGACGUAAAUGGAAUGGUUAUAAAAAUUGGUUUAAUUUUCUGUCAAUUAUACCAGAUUUGUUUUUGUCCGAUCAUAGUAAAUUAAGUCAGUUAAGCGUGAUUGAAUGUCAUUUGAACUCAGAAUUGAAGCAUGAUGAUAACUCGUCUCGUGGGAUCGAAGCUUUCGGAGCCUUAAUAGAAUGCCUUUUGGCUUACUUACAUAGACAUGAACAUUUUCAAGUUAAUACUAUUCCAUCACUGCUACCUCCAGCUGAUAAGUGGCUCUCAAUGUUUGGAAGAGAUCUCUUUAAAAAUGUUAGUAAUCCCGAUAUUAUGGAUGGUUUUGGAGUACAUCAUGACAACACUUUGUCAUCACCCUCACCUUCUAGUAGUGCUCAAAAGUUAUCGUCAUCACGACAACAUAAUACUCCGAAAGCUGUUGGAAUUAACAAUUCUGGUCGGUCAUCUAAUAAAGUUCCUACUCAAAGAGUGUGUAGUAUGAAAACAUCUGUUAAAGCAUCCCAUCCUCUUCCCAAUAAUUAUAGCAAUAAUAGAGUAGAUCCAUCAAAUUCCGGUUGGCAUUCAGCAAGUACAGAUUCGAAAUUUGUAACUCAUCAUGCUUUUGGCCCAUCCUCCCGUUCUGUUCAAGUAAAUGCUCCUACUCCAGGGAUACUGCGUAUUGAACUUCAUCGUAUAUAUGAAACAGAUGGUACAAUAAACGAAAGUAAUUCACCAGUGAGUCAUCCAACUAGUCCACCAAUUACCGGGACAAACUCUAAGAGCGGUCGCAAAUCUUCUUUAUCCUCAACAUCAUCUGGGCAUUCAGCAAAUACUUCGUUCUCGUUAACAACUGAGACAUGUUCCUCUUUACCACAUUUUCUACCAUUGCGUAUUACUGCUCUGGCCACAAUUCAGAAUGUUGAGCGAUUGCUCUUACAACGUAACUAUGUGAACAGUGUUCUUCAAGAGAAUGGUUUUUCGCAACAAGCUGAUUAUAAUUUGACAGGUUUUCAAGAAACAUUUAUUGACCAUAUUGCAGAUGAUCUUUGUACUUCACCACAAUCACAACUAGUUGAUGAAGUGACAGAUAAUGACGAUGAAGAUAUGGAUUCUCAUACUCAUUCAUUAUUACGAGAUUUGGAAUCAGUCGAAGGACCCUUCAAACAUCAUGCAGAUAUUCAACACUCAGACACAUAUUUACGAACGGUUGUUGCUGUGAACACAAGUAAUAUAAAGGCUGUGACACCCGAACGUCGACAAAGAAAUCUGUCCAGUCGAAUUCCCAAACCAUCUGUUUUACUUCCUAGCGAGUCAUCAGGUGUGACUUCUUCUGUUCAUAUACAACCAGCCGUCAAUAGAAGUCCAAGACAUCUAAAAUCAGACGUUUAUGCUAAAUACCUUUCACUGUUAUCUCUUGUCUCUUCUGAUAACCCUGCCCAUGAACGCUCUACACUUAACCAAUCAAUCGUUACAAAUCCCAAUGUACAUUUACCAUCCCCAGUUUGUUGUACACAAACACCAAUUUCGUCGAAAACAUCUGUUUCCACUUCUAGUUCACUUCAAAGAGGAUUACGUAGCUUAUUACAACGUAGUUCAGAAAUUCUACCUUUGAUGACUCGAAGUGGAAUUGAAAAACCGAGUGUAUCUAACUUGCACUCAGUUGAAAAUCCUAAUACCUUUGUUGUCAAGAAAACUGAUUGUCGUAAUGUCCGAAGGCGUUCUACUACUAACGUCUCGAUAUCCGAUAUACUUAGUUCAACAUCUACUUCACUGGCUGUUCCUGAACGAGUAAUUACUCCGUUUUCGCACUUUUUACGUUCUGUUACAAACCCACUGGCAUCUGAUGAUAAUUCGAGUAUCGAUACUUCUGUAAUCUCUAGUAGACGUAAAUCCAAGAAAACGACUGUCCAAAAGGAAUCUGAUGUUACUAUCGUUACCACAAACUCUGAAACUUCAGUGUAUGUUUCUAGGCCUGUUUCUUCAGUUCCUACUCAGCUUACAAGUAGAUACAGGAGAUUAAAAGGUGGAUCUCUUUUUACAACUCUUGGCGUCCUAGCUAAUAGUUCAGCUACUACAACAACUACAACAUCAGUUCGUAAAGGACCAAUUCGUCGAGGUCGAAGUGGUGGAAUUUAUAGCUCCCAUGUGCCUCAAACGCGCUCCUUUAAAAAUGCUGUAUCACCUUCGUUGUCGUCUACAUCAAAUGCUUCAUCGCCAAUUGGAAGUGAAGAUAGUUUUAUCUAUCAUGGUAAAUUACGACCUACAAUUACAUUCUAUAUCGGCGGUCACCGUUUGCCUUCAGACAUUCCAUUAUAUGAAGCAGUUCGUAAAUUUAACCCGGAAAUCUUAUCUUAUUCUUCUGCUGUUAAUUCAGUACUAAAUAAUUGUGGCUCUCACAAUCAAACGCUUGAUAUUUCUGAGCAGUUAUCUUUAACACAGACAGAGAAAGAAAAUUUAAUUGGUCAUUUUAUUUGGAGCCUUACUCAUGUUAUUCAGUAUCGAGUCACUUAUCAGUCUUCAUCUCACGAUACUAGUGGUAAACAUAAUAAUAUCUCUUCUUCGUCAUCACUUCCUGGUCAUUCCUUAUCUCCCUCUUCAGCUUCAUUAUCACCUAAAGAUGUCAGUGAUUCCGGUGAAGCUAGUAUAGCACCAUCAUUUCCUACUACACUAAGCCUUAGUGCAGCAAUAACGUGUUUUAAACACCGACGUCCAAGUGAAACUGACACUGAUCAUGUAGACAGUCUUGAAAAGUGCCCAGCUCCAAGUUCAACUAAUACAGUUAUUGAUUCAUUAUCCCCAAUACAAAAACAUAUCCCUCCAUAUGGUCAAACAUUUCAGUUGGCUCAAAAUCCAUUAUUUGACUUCCUAGUUAAUGAUUUACCUGAAGGCUUCUUAACUGACAUUCGAUGUGAUUGCGGCUCUUUGAAUCGACAACCAAAUUGUCUGUUGAAUGCGGAAAUGGUGAAUUUAAAUUCUUCAAAAAACCCUUUAUCAACAACCCUUUCUCUCUUGCGUGUAUUGUAUAACAUCAAUCGUUUAUGGUAUACAGUUCAUAAUGCUUUGGAUCCUUUCCCAAUUUAUUCUUCCCAAUCAUUUCAGAGUCAAAAACUUGCUGUCAAAGCUAAACGUCAAUUACAAGAUGUUUUCAGUGUGUUGGCUGGCAAUUUGCCCUCUUGGUUGAUUCAAUUGAUAUCAGUAUGCCCAUUCUUGUUUCCUUUUGAUAUUCGAAGGACCUUCUUCUAUGCUUAUAAUUUUGAUCGUAAUCGAGCUUUACUCAGAUUUCAGGAUUUGGCAAGUUCUUACACUUCUGAUAUUGAUCAAAAUCGUGAACAAAUAGAUACAAGAAGUCCUACACCACUGUUAUCUCAUGGUAUUCAUGAUAAUCAGCCUACAUUUAUUACUGGUUUACAUGGUGGAGUAGGUGGUAUGACUAACUUUGUCAAUUCUAGUUCAUCAUCAAACUCUGCAUCUCUGCUAGCUCAAUUUAACGCAUUCUCUCAGUCUUCAUUUAACACACAACUAUUUGACCACAGUUCUGGACUAUCAUCUGCGUCUUCUCAAGAACAUAACAGACUAGAUAAUGGAAGAAAUAAUUUAGGAACACGUGGGAGAUAUCAUUUACGCCUGGCCUUGUCACCAAACUUUCGCCGGCACAAAGUUACCGUUAAUCGAGAAGAAAAACGUCUACUAAAACAAGCUGAAACGACAUUAAAUGAAAUGGGUGAUUCACGUGCAGUAUUAGAAAUUGCUUUUGAGGGUGAAGUUGGAUUUGGUCUUGGUCCAACACUAGAAUUUUACACAUUGAUAAGUCGUUUGUUGAUGAAGUCUAAUUUAAAUCUCUGGCAUGGUUGCGAAUCUACUUCGGAUGGAUAUUUGAUUGCUCCAGCGCCUGGACUUUAUCCUCGUCCAUUUUCAAGACAAACUAAAUCUUCAGUUAUACGAGAGGUUUGCGGAAAAUUUAAUUUUCUUGGUCGUUUAUUAGCCAGAGCAUUGUUAGAUUGGCGACGAUUAGAUUUGCCUUUUUCACCAGCAUUUUUCAAAUGGUUCUUAGCACCUACAGCAAGUGAUGCCGUCCGGAAAGGUCUUAUUUUACCAAGUGAUAUAUCAUUGAUUGAUCCAGACUUGGGUCGACACAUAAGACAGUUAACAGAAUUGGUUAAUCGUCGUCAAACUUUAUGCCAUCAAUUAUCGAAUUUAGAUGCUUCAAAUCUAACAUCAUCUGUUUCAUUGGGGGGCGUUUAUCUAAACAAUGCAAUUAACAUCAAAGGUGUACAUCACCAUCAUCAUCAUACACAAAAGUUGGAUUCAAUUAAAGCUUCUUUAACUAUGUUGGACAAUGAAAUUGAUGAUUUAUGUUUAAAUUUCACACUUCCAGGUUACGAGGUGGAGUUAAUUAAAAAUGGUGCACAUACUAAUGUUACAGGCUCUAAUUUAAGCUGUUACCUUCGUUUAGUUGCUCAUUGGUUAGUUAUUGAAGGUGCAAGCCGUCAAAUGGAAGCAGUUUUAAAAGGUUUCGACUCGGUUCUACCUAAUGUUCGUUCACGGUUAACUACAUUAUUUCAACCGGAUGAAAUGGAGAAUUUAUUCUGCGGUGAAUCAUCACCUAGAUUUAAUUCUUUAUCAAUUAAUCAAACUGGUGACAUGAAAUCUAUGCAAUUAUCAGAUAAAAAUUAUUCAUCAACAGAUGACGAAGGUUGGGAUGUACAAAGCUUAACUCAAUCAUGUUGUUGUGAUCAUGGCUAUACUCCACAAUCACGUGCUAUUCGUCUUCUAUUUGAAAUUAUGUCUGAGUUCACUCCAGAACAACGAAGAUUAUUUGUACAGUUUGUGACUGGCAGUCCUCGUUUACCAGUUGGUGGUUUUCGUGCAUUAAAACCUCCAUUGAAAAUUGUAAUGAAACGAGAGACAGGUGAAAAUGCUGAUCAUCAUUUACCUUCUGUUAUGACAUGUCAAAAUUAUUUAAAACUUCCAGAUUAUUCAUCUAAAGCAUUAAUGCUUUCCAAAUUAUUAUAUGCAAUCAAUGAAGGACAAAAUGCCUUUCAUCUUUCAUAAUUGUUUAUGCAUAUAUGUAUAUGUAUAAAUUGUAUACGAAUAACAAUGAUUGAAUAUCAUCAUUAAGAAAAUACUAUUGUUAUUAAUAAUAAUAAUACUGUUUGUUUGUUUUCAAUAACAUAUUGUCUAAAACUUGUACUAUUGUUAUUGUAAAGUUGUUUUUUUUUUUAUUGUAACUUUUUUAAUCCAACUGUAUCACAAUAAAUAGACAUUUGUACACACAGUUAAAAUACACUUAUUUCCCUUAUACUACUAAAUUCUAUUGCUAAAAGUCUACUUUCAAUCAAUUAUCAUUUAUGACAAGAAUCAAUAAUUUCUACUGUGAUUUUUGUUAAGUGUUAUUCUUUGUUUCCUCACCACCACAACCACCACCACCUCGAUAGGUAUACUUGCACAUGUAAUCGGUUUAUGAUACAUAAUACAUGUAUACUAUAUGUAUAUCUUUUCUGUCUGGUAUAUUAUUUAUAUUUAUCAUAUAUAAAACUAUUUGAUUCAAUAAAUCAGAUGAAACUAAAACAACUAACUUGAUCUUCUUUUUUUUUCCAUUUGAAUUAAUUUUUGUUAAGUAAAAAAACUUUCAUUCAUUCAUUCUGUUACAUUUCAAUUUGUCUAUUCUUUCUUUUAUUUUUACUGAUUAUUUUGUUUGUUUGUUUGUUUGUUUUUCAUUUCUACGUUUGCACCGUUUAAAACUCCUACAAUUUAUGUUAUAUUUUCUUUUGUAUACAUUUUUUUUCUUUCUUGAGUAAUUAUUAGAAUUAGAACAAUAAGUAGUAUUGUGUAUGCAUAAAAUAAUAAUAAAUUUAGUGAUAUAUACAUUUCAUUCUUUUCAAUUUGUUCAUCAUAUCAAAUUGUUUCAUUAUAUCUAAAUUGUAAAAUUUUAGUUUGAUCAUCUUGGUUUUUUUUUUGAUAAUUUUUUUUGAAAAGAAAAGAGAAAUGAGGUUCAUUUUAAUUCAUAAAUGAUAAAACCCUUAAUCAAUCUUGUAUGCUUAUAUGUGUAAUGACACAUUUCCAAUGGAGUUUAUCACAUAAUAUAUACAUAUGAUACAAUUUUAUAUGUACACAGUGCAUUUUCCCAUUGAUCAUAUGUUACUAGUGUAAUGUGAUGGAUCAUUUGAUGGAAUACCUAUACAUUUUUAGUAAAUAUAUAUUUAUGCUUUUGCAUAUGUUUGUCACCGUUAUUAUUAUUAUCGCUAGUAUUUUGCUUACCCUUCUUUGUUCUUUCAUAGAAUAAAAAGAAACAUUUUAUGUUUCACUGAAGGCAUGCUUUCAUUUUCUCUGUUAAAAUCAAUAUUGUCACUUCAUGUUACCUUUAGCGUUUUGUUUUCUACCAUGUUUACAUUUUGUUCUCCGUAACCCUUGACUUUUAUUUAAAGUAAAUAAAUUAUAAAGACACAUUAAUAAGCGUUAACGUAUCCUCUUUUUCUUUUAUGGUAUGUAAGAACCAGUAAGAUGGGUACUAAUAACAAUUCUUUUUAAUAAUCUAUCUAUAACUAAAUUGAUUGUUUAAUAAUAAUGCAUUUUCUUCACGAUCCAACUUCAGUGAAAUAUGCGUUUGUGUGUUUAUUAUUAUUUUUUGAUGAAUAUAUUUAUUUGUUUUAAAUUUGUGUAUAAUAACUAUUGUGAUGUCUAGUUUAAUUGUCAAUUUCAAUUUGGUCUGUCCAUGUGAACUUGUAUAGUAUUGAUAAAACAGUUUGUAGUGAACACUGAUUACUACAUUACCGUACAUCUGUCUGAACCCAACUAACAUUGAAAGAUAUUAUCCGAUUUGUGACUAUGAAGAAUUAUUAGUUAGCAUAAAUAUAAUUCAAAAUACAUCUUUAAUCUAUUUCAUAUUACAAUAAACUAAUAAUCGAAGUAUGUAUGAAUAAACUGUUGAUAGAUAUUUUGUUCAAACCAUACAAUAGUAUAAAUCACAAUUUGUGGCAAGCAAGUCUUUACUUUAGUGACCAACAGUUUGGCAUUUUGGUUAAACCACUUUCUAUCGCCGAUGUAAUUAUAUGUUAU